AAAGUAUCAGGAUUUCAUCCGGAAACUCGUCUGUUACAAAAGGAUUUUGACUUAUCUCAUCAGGUACACUGUGGUCUGAUGUACAUUUGAAUAAGAAAAUGCCUUAUCUCUUUGAUUUAAUUUGACGUAAGGACACUGCAAUAUGUGUACAUUUCGCAGGUUAUGAAUAGUUGCUCUAACUCCUUUGGAGGGACAAAGAAAAUAAGAUUGUUGGAAGAUAGAAAGAAAAAGAGGAAACAGUAUGGAGGUACAGCACAUGGCAAUCAAAUCUUCUUGGAUGGCAGCCAUGAUGAACAUAUGCCUCCCCCAAAUCCAAUGGUUGGAUUUAGCCUGCCCAAUUAUAGACAACUACCAGUGGACAGAAAAAUUCCUAAAAAAGCUAUCGGGCGACCUUUUUUCUACUAUGAAAAUGUGGCCCAAGCUCCCAGAGGUGUAUGGGCGACCAUUUCAAGAUGUCUGUAUGGCAUUCAACCUGAGUAUGUGGACUCGAAGCAUUUGUGUGCAGCUGCAAGGAAAAGAGGCUACAUCCACAAUUUGCCGAUUGAGAACAGAGCACCUCUUCUUCCUCUGCCUCCAAUGACGAUACUUGAGGCAUUCCCUCGGUACAAGAAGUGGUGGCCUUCCUGGGACACGAGAACGCAGUUCAACUGCUUGCGAACAAGUGUGGCAUGUCAACAGCUGACAGGAAGCAUUGGUGCUCUUGCAAGAACAGGGAAUCCACCGCCUCGAAAUAUUCAAAAAGAUAUGAUCAAACAGUGCAAAGAGUACAAUCUUGUCUGGAUAGGAAAGAACAAGGUUGCUGCAUUGGAACCUGAAGAGAUUGAAUAUCUACUAGGUUUCCCGAAGGACCACACAAGGGGACUUGCCAGCACAAAUAGGCACAAAUCUCUCGGCAACUCUUUCCAUGUUGAUACUGUUGCUUACCACUUGUCAGUGCUAAAAGGCAUGUUUCCCAAUGGUGUUAAUGUGCUGUCCUUAUUCACUGGUAUUGGAGGAGGAGAGGUAGCUUUGCACAGGUUGGGAAUCAACAUGAGGACAGUGGUUUCUGUUGAAAUAGACAAAGCUAGUAAGAGGAUUUUCAGGGAUUGGUGGGAUCAGACUCAAACAGGCACGCUGAUUGAGAUUGAUGACGUGAAAUCUCUUACUGAUGAUCAAGUUGCAACAUACGUUACUACAUUUGGCGGCUUCGACUUGGUGAUUGGGGGCAGCCCAUGUAACAAUCUUGCUGGGUGCAACCGAUCCAGCCGUCAUGGCUUGGAGGGCAAGCAAUCUGUUUUGUUCCACCAUUAUGUCAGAAUCUUGAAUGCCGUCAAGUCAGCUAUGGCCAGGAAGUAG